AUGGAAACGAAAGCUGAAUUCGCUACCGACUUACUAUACUUUACACGCAAAAAAUGCAAGUCUAACUCAUUGGAAAAAUCGAUAAACGAAUGCUUUGAAAUAGCAGUUAGAGCAAAACCAAAAGUCACUCCCUUGUUACUCUACGAAGAUCGCAUCAAAAUUAAGGAUCAAAAGAAGGAUAUACAACUGUCUAAUGUGAAGAGCGUCAGUGAGUUCAAGGAACCUAUGAUACUUGUGCUCUGCAGCGAUCACAAAAGAGGCAAAAAAUGUCUUCUUUCGACGCUGAAGUUCAAAGGAAUCAAUGGAUACGUGAAUGUGCUCUGGAAAAUCAAAAAUAUUGUCAGGGCAGAAGAGUCGAGGAGGAAAUUCGGAGCUCAAAGUGACGUGACCUCAAGAACAGAUUCUAGACAAAUGAAACAGAAUCAACAGGAGGGUGGUAUCGCUAUGACCGACCAUUUCCCACUUCCAGGGGAAAAAUUUUCUAUGCCGAGAGAGGAUGGCAAAUCCCAAAAGCUGAGCAAAUCAGCUGCAGACGCUAUUCAGGAAAGAACAAGAAGGCCAAACUUCAGAUCAGCUCCAUUGAUUGAACAAAACGCUUUAAAUCAACCCGUGUCACCUUCUCAAAUAAACGAGGACUCUGAUUACUACAGCAGUUUCAACUCCGCGGAGGACUAUUGUGGCAUUUUCAAUGAAAGACAAUAUGAAUCAGACCAGGCUGAGAGAAGAAGGGGAAUUGGAAAUGAGAAGACUCUUCGAGAUAGUCGAGGUAACACUGUCCUUAUUUUAAGACCUUGUAGUAUUCUAUUUCAAGGUAAUCGAUAUUAA